GGCCCCCCAUGGCUCUAAUAUUUGGGAUUUCUCCAACAUAUUUAUUCCACCUUUUUUCCAAAUACCAGCGAAAAUAACUAAAUACUGUGGCAUCAAUCUAGACAGUGAAGUUGAUCCUACACCAGAAGAAGCAUGCAGAAUUGUUAGAAAUGCGACCCUGCAUCAGAGGAAGUGAGGUAUUCAUGCUCUGAAAUGAUGUCUGCAACUUCUGUCCACUGUGUGGAGCCAAAUUAUUUAAUCUGCUGACAUUGUGUGUGAUUGUGUGCUACUACAAAACAAACUAAAUAUUUCCGUUAUGGAUGCAUUCCAAAACUCUGUAAGAAGACCCAACUAUUUAUCUAGUUCAAUAGAUGUAUUAUUGAUCGAACACUAUUACUGAGGCAGGUCUACUCAGGCAGAUCUGUAAGGACUCAGAGUUGACACAUAACAUUUGAUGAUUGGCAAAAAUCCAUCACAAAAAGAGCAGUCAAUUUCACUGUUAAACACAAUGUUGAUAACUGUGCCUAUUGAGGAAGGUUGGCUAAACGUUUUCUACAUACUUAAUUUGUAUCAUGUAUCAUUAUGUAACCACCAUUAUUUGUAAUUAGUUUUUACUCUGAGCCUUGGAUAGUAUUUUUUCCUAAUAAUGGCGCUGAAGGUUGCAGAGCGAAGACUACAAAAAUAAAAAAUAAAAAAUAAAUAAUUUACUAAAAAAUAAAUAGCCAGUAAUAAUUAUCAACUAAAGUUAUGCAAGGGUUUUCACUGGUGGUAAAUGGCUGUCAGUCAGCCUGUGGGCGUUCCAAACUCAUAAGUGUGUGAAACGCUGGACUAACGUUACAGAGUGAGCGUUGUUUUCAGAUGUGCCCUGUGACAGGUUACAUGAGUGCAGCAACUUAAGUAGCCUAGUUUUGCAGACAUGUACCAAAGAGCCGGAGCUUUGAGGAAACGUGUUAGUGGUUGAUACCCACUGUCUUGACGGCUGUCUUAUCUUUUUAGAUUUUUUUUUUCAUUCGUCUGAAGGUGAGGCUUGUUAUGUCUGCGAUAUAGUCUAAAUCUCCUCCGUGAGAGUUUGUGGGUCCAGUAGACUCACUUUGUUUUUUGGUGGGAUAUGGCAGAGUCAUCACAGGAACUGAUUGAUAUUGAUCCGGAUUUCGAACCUCUCUCCCGACCACGGUCGUGUACUUGGCCGUUACCUCGACCCGAGUCCAACGAACCGGACAGCUCAAACACAUCUUCGCCUGCGUCUUCGGUUAAACACGAGCCGGGCAACAGUGUUGAUUAUAUCGGCAACCAAAGUUUGCUGGAAGAAACAGAGGAUGUCACCGACAGAAAAACAAUAGUUUUGUGCAGUGAUUUCCUGGAGAAUUGCUGUCAUCGUCUCACUCAGCAACACCAACGGCUGCUGCAGCAUCCGUCGAGUCCACAACUACCCCGGCAGCAACAGGUGCCCCCACUUUCGCCAGCAAAUGGAUCGAGCUCCAUAGCGGCCCCGUUCCAGAAGAAGGGCACUUCUUCCAGACGGAAUGCCUGGGGUAAUAUGUCAUAUGCCGACCUCAUCAGCAAAGCAAUCGAGAGCUCCCCUGAGAAGCGGCUCACCUUGUCUCAGAUUUAUGACUGGAUGGUGCAAAGUGUGCCUUACUUUAAGGACAAGGGAGACAGCAACAGUUCUGCCGGAUGGAAGGUAAAGAUGUGUCAUAUCGCUCAAAUGGUGGGGCGUUAUGUUUUAGUAACUUCUAAAGCAUCUUGCAUAUUUAGUCGUCAGUGACGGGAAAUGUGUUUUGAUAGCAUGCAUCUAAUGAAGCUACAAUGCAAAGCGAUGAAAGAACUACAGUCUAUGGAAAGAAUGCACGCUAGUGUGUGUAUGUGUAUGUGUGUAAGCAUACGUGUGUGUGUGUGUGUGUGUGUGUGUGUGCGCGCGCGCAUACAUGCAUGUGUAUGUUACAAAUGUAAGGGCUGUUUGUCAACACGAUGAAGCUGGAGGCAAGAUACAACAACCUGUGGGAAGCUCAGAAAUCAUUUAGGUCAGUCAGGCUGUCAUGGCUCGUGGUCCCAUUUCAGUGGCCUAUGACCUGUGACGGUAAUGGUAAAGAAGAGGCCCUUUGGUUGUCAUGUAGCAACAGGAAUAUCUAUCUGAUUAUUCAACUGAUUUUAGUCUUCCAACAACAAAUCAGUUGCAGUAGGCAUGUUUAUCAUUGUUUAGAGGGCAGAACAUCCCUUUCUUUUGAUGUUUAAGAAUGAUAAGGUUUUUUUUUUUGUAAUAAUAAUAUCAAUUCGAAUUACUAUGUUAAUAUGUGUCUUAACAAACGCCCUUAAACGUGUUAUAAUCAUUAUAGCGGUGGUAAUCUACAGAUGUUCAUUUCACGAACACGUAUUCCAGUGUGUUAUGGAGCGCUAUACAAUCCUGCUCCCCGGGGGAGAGUUUUGAGAGGUGGCUGUGCAAAUGUUUAACCGCAGGUUCAGUGUCAUCCGACGAACCCCGUAACCCCGUGGAGCUUUGAACUUCUGAAAUAGAUUUCCUCCACAGAUGCUCCUUCCCCUGUGCGGGUCUCUCUCUCUCGCUCUCUGUCACACUCUCAUGCCCACAAACAGGCCGGUGGCCUCACGAGUAGACACUCGUUCUGACUGGUUAACUCCAGAGCAAACAAGAGAAUCUGCUGUCAUUACAAGUGUCCCCUGAAGUAGAAAUCCCUUGGCAAAGUAAACUACACAGGCUGGUUAUGGCAGUUCAACUUCAAUAUAUAUAUAUAUAAAUAAGUUGGAGACACAUAGUGUCUGUCGGUUCUUGUCAUUUUAAGAAUCGCCCAUCAUAGGAAUGAAUAUGCUAUAUUUUGAGGUAACUAUCACUCACAGUCCCACAUGCGCACACUCAGUUCUUCCUAUAGGCAACAUAGGCCUAAUGCUACAUUAUAAUGUAAUACAACAUCACAUACAAUAGAGUACGGUGCCAUGUCAGAGUCAGACGCCAUGCACAGUCAGGACUUAUACUAAGCAACAUAGGUGUCUACUUUGGCCCCAGUAUCACCCUAGGAUAUGAUUAAUAACGGUGGGGGUGCAGAGUCUUUACUGCAUACAUUUACUCUUUUCUUGAUUCCCUCAGGACUUGCAUGGAGAGUUUUAGUGGCAUCAGCAGCAGCAGCCAUAGUAGUAGCAGCAGUAGUAGUAGUAAUAGA